GUGAUCGGUGAACUCAAUGACGUGUCCAUGAUUUUAUCUGAAAUAUGUCUCAUUCUCGAAAAAGUCAAAAAUCCGAAAAAAUCGGUACUCCUAGAAAAUUAUGUACCGACUCUUCGGCCAAGUCUAACCUGAUACAUUACCAAUUAUCGAACAACCUGUUUAUUAAGUCUGGCUGGACGAUAUUACCGGUGGACAGGACCGUACGUAAGAUCGUACGGUACCAGGCGCAAGCGUCGAAGCCACGUGUUAAUUGGAGGGAAAGGUACAAGGAAAAAAGUUAUUACGACAAUGGUACAAUUUUGUGGAACCCACGUAAAGACGGCACUGCCGAAAUUUUUUAUCCGAAUGGUAAAACAGCAUUGAAGAUUUCACGGCCGACGGGAAGAGCAUACGAUAUAUAUACCGUCUUCACACCGGGAGAUAAAGAUGCUUUUGGUCUUUCACGAGGUUCCUUGAUCCUUGCUGUUUUUGACACUAUGGGUGAAGGAGUGGUAUUUGGCGAAGAUGGUCGUACGCGUCUCACUUAUAAUCAAAAUGGUGGUGUGUACCUGGAUAAUCCCACGGGAGUGCCGUUUACCUGGUUCUGGAAUAAUUAUCAAGGGAAAUCUGUCAGUUUUAAUCUUUACUCGGAAGUUUCAGUCGCUCAUUUGGUUGAUGAUCUACGCGAUACCAAUCAGACGUCCAGCAGAACCAAAAGUCCAAAAUCUGGAAAAACGGAGGAUAACAAGAAACAGGAUGAAUCAAACACUAACGAAGUUACGGACAACUUUUCUAAAGUCAAGUUACAGCCAAUAAAGGACAGACGAAUGGACAUCCUGGCGCCAGUCAAGACAAUUUGUCUAAAGUUGAAUGGAUACUUAAGCUUAAGGAUCCUCGACCGUAGGAAUGUCAGCCUGCGCUUCUUUGCUGGUAAUAAAAGCGUCCGAAUCGAGCUCGGCGUCGAAUUAAAUCCAAGAAAAGAACUUUUUUCAUAUUUCGUGGAUUCCUCAAAUUGGGUUCAAGAGAUGCUCAAAUGUAGAUUCAUUGAGAAACCACCAGAAAUUAUAGGGCCGAAGAGCAGCCUGCAGGAAAUAUCGCGAGAGUAUGAAAAAUUGAAAAAAACUGUAUCAAAAAAUAAAAAAAUUAGGUCUAAAUACAAUAAUCACGUAUACAAAAUGGGUUCGUAUGACGAUAAAUAAAGAUAACAGUGUGUCGCGAGA